AUGGUCUACACCGCCGGAAUCACACUUGCUCUUCUUUUUGGGUUGGCCAACGCCGCUGCAUUGCCCGUUGAAUUGGAGGCUCGUGCAACAUCGGUCCUUUCCGCUGCCACUAUCGCGUCCUACAAGCCAUAUACGUAUUACGCCAGUGCGGCGUAUUGCAAGCCUGCUUCGACUUUGGCAUGGAAUUGUGGCACCAAUUGCGCUAAGAACCCCACCUUCAAGCCUAUUGCAUCUGGAGGAAACGGAGCAGCAAUUCAGUACUGGUACGUUGGGUACGAUGCAACAUUGAAGACCAUUAUUGUUGCAUACCAGGGAACUGAUGGAUCUAAGAUCAUUCCUAUCGUCACUAAUGCCGACUUUUUCCUUGACGGUCUGGAGAGUUCUUACUUCCCUGGUGUCAGCUCCUCCGUCAAGACACACAACGGAUUUGGAGAGGCUCAUAAAAGAUCAGCAUCCGCUGUUCUGGCUGCCGUUAGGCAGGGAAUGGCUACCUAUGCUACCAACAAAGUCACGGUCGUUGGCCAUUCCUUAGGUGGGGCUUUGGCUAUCAUCGGCAGCGCGCACAUAGCUGUCAACAUUCCCUCUGCCAACGUUAAGACUGUCUCCUACGCUGCGCCCCGGGUCGGAAACGCAGCCUUUGCCGAUUACGUCAAUGCCAAAGCUGAUAUGGUCCGAAUCAACAACAAGAAGGACAUUGUUCCCAUUGUCCCUGGACGCUUCGUAGGUUUCGCCCACACCGAGGGAGAGAUCCACAUUACCAGCUCUGGCACCUGGCUCUCCUGCCCUGGACAAGACAGCACCGAUGCCGGCUGCACUAUUGAUGCUGUGCCCAAUAUCCUUGCUGGUGAUGUCGAUGAUCACAGCGGCCCUUUCGAUGGUGUUAUGAUUGGAUGCUAA